ACGUCGUCUGUUCCAUGCAUUCGUGCAUUGGGGUGAUUGGUACGAUUGCUGCCGUUUUGGCGUGGUUACCAGCUUUAUAUAUUUGAUAGCCCGUAGCUCUCGUGAUCAUAUCUCGGCAACUAAUAAGUCCACACCCUCAGCCACUGAAGCCGCCGUCGCUGCGCCAUGAACCUGAGCGCGUAAGCGAGUGCGAUCGUACGGCAUGUCUCACCUGGGUCACUUCAUUUGCGAGGGUUUCGCCGGGCCAGAUCCGAACCCCGAAGAAUGGCUUCGAGGUUUCGAAAAGUCGUCUGUGGCAUGUCCGGAGGUGUGGACAGUAGUGUCGCGGCCUUCCUCCUCCGAAAGUCCGGGUACGACGUGACGGGCGUCUUCAUGCGAAACUGGGACCCGCACGACGCCGACAGCCACUGCGAUCUGGACGCGGACGAGACAGAUGCCAAGUGGGUAUGCGACACCCUCGGCAUUCCUUUCAUGAUGGUGGACUUCGUCAAGCCCUACUGGCACAACGUGUUCAGCCCCAUGCUUCAGGAGUACCAAGAUGGCCUCACUCCCAAUCCAGACAUUAUGUGCAACCAUGUGAUCAAGUUUGGCGCCUUCCACCGCCACGCCGUCAAGCGCUUCGGAGCGGACGCCGUAGCAACGGGACACUACGCGCGGAUACGUAACCUGCCAGAUGGAAGUGUGGAGCUUCUGCAAGGUGUGGACCCUGUCAAGGACCAGAGUUUCUUCCUGAGCCAGGUGGGGCAGGCUGCCCUGCAGCGCACCCUCUUCCCGCUCGGUGAGGCCACCAAGGGCCAGGUCAAGGCCCUGGCCCGUUCCCUCGGACUGCACAGGGUGGCCGACAAGAAGGAGAGCAUGGGGAUGUGCUUCAUCGGCAAGCAAGACUUCCAGUCCUUCGUAGAGAAGUAUGUGGAGCCCAAGCGAGGCACCUUCGUGGACAUUGAGACGGGAAAGGUGGUCGGCAGUCACUCGGGUAAGUGCUUUCCACCCGAGAAACAGGGCUGGCACUCUCGUACCACGCACAAUGUUUUCAGAGGGGUCCGAUCUAAAAGUGGCGCAUUUCUUUCAACUUCUAUUUCCGGCCACGACACAGUUGGUCAGAAACUGACACGGAUCCCCAACUCCUGGCCGCUUAAGCUUCCUCGGACUGUCAGGCUGGAGAGCAAACUUCAGAGAUGCUGGCGACAGCGAGACACUUUUAUGACUUCGGGCACUUUUUGGGAUGCGAUAGACACACCAGAAAGCAUUUUAGGCACUGUGGUGAAACUGUGGUGCAGCAUGAUAUGCGUCGAUGCAGGGGUGCACGCUUGGACGCUGGGCCAACGCUGCCGUCUGGGAGGUCUGCGCUCCGCCUACUUCGUUGCCAGGCUCUGUCCCAUCACCCAGCAAAUCCUGGUGGCCUCCGGCUGGGACCAUCCUGCACUCCGCUGGCGGGAGAUGCGCACCGGGGCACCCCACUGGAUCCGACUGCCGUUGGUGGGGGGCGGGGGACCCCCUUCGGCACGCUGCCUCUUCAAGAGCCAGCACCUAGAUCCCCCCGUGCCCUGCACCGUCGCCGAGGGCCCCGGCGGCGGACUAACAGUGUUGCUCGACCACCACAAGAGGGCUAUCUCUCCCGGGCAGUUUGCAGUGUUCUACGGCGAGGACAGCCAGUGUUUUGGCAGUGCCAAGAUCACCGAGCUGGGGCCAAGCCUAUACGAAGAACAGCGGUCCUUCCAUUCUACCGCUAGGAGCAAAGGAUAGUUUGUGUAGACCUUUGUGUGUAAAUAAACCAGACAUUUCUUUUUCCCAUUCA